AUGACUGAUGAAUUCAAUCGAUAUUAUAUCAAAAUUCGAGCUAUUUUGGGAAUAGAUUCAAAAACAAUCUUUGACGAACUUACAGAGGCAUUGGGACCUGAUGCUCCAUCAUAUCCAACAGUCAGAAGAUGGGCGAAACGUUUUCGUGAAGGAAGAGACGAUGUCACUGAUGAUCCUCGAUCUGGUCAUCCGAUUUCGGUACUUACAGAUGAAAAUGUUGAACGCGUUCGACAAGUUAUCGAAGAUGAUCCACACUCAACUUAUGAUGAUAUUAUGGGUGAGACUGAUCUAUCACGUGGUACAAUAGAACGAAUUAUUCAUGAUCGUCUAAAGAUGAGAAAAGUUACAUCACGUUGGGUUGCUCAUCAACUUACUGAUGAACAAUAA